AUGACUGGUACAUAUGAGUGCAAUGAAGUCUUAAUGAAGUUACAUGACUGGUAUGAUAGGAUAGGAUCGCCUCCUGGUUCAUUUGAUGAGGCUAUUAAGAAACUCAAUACUAUUGUUGAAACUCGUAGUCGGCAACUUCAUAUCUUCUUCUUCCUUCUACUCUACUCUCGCACCGGCUCUGGACCAUUCAUAGUUCUGAACAUGCUAGAAAGAAUAAGCGAGGCUAAGCCAAACACUCCAGUUGGGCGCAAACUACGCGAAUUACUGGCUUGGCCGGGUCCUGAUGAUGGACUUUCACCUGUUAAGAUUAUGGCCUUAACCAUAAGAGAUAUUAAGCAGUUGUGUCUGGAUAGUAUCUCUUCGUAUUUGGCCAAAGAGUUACGAUUGGUGGCUAAACAAGUGGCUGAACUGGGUGAUAUACCCAAUUCGACUAAGGCGCUGGUGCGAUUGCCUGGUUGUACUUACUUCAAUGCUUGCUUGAUCAUGGAGUAUGUUUGGGGAGAAGUGGUUGGAAUUCCUAUUGGUAAAGGUUGCCGUAGAGUCUUAGCUAGACUUGGCUGGCUCUCUAAGUCUUUAACUAAUAGUAGAGGUGUUCCGACCAAGCUGACUAAUAAGCGGACAGAAGAACUUAUUUCCCGGCGGUUUUGGCCUUAUGUUUAUCCUACCUUAACUAAACAUGCCAAGUAUGUAUGUUUUUCUAACACUCCUAAUUGUGAACAAUGUGUAGUUAAUGACUACUGUCCCUCUUCGCGCACUAAAGAGUAUAAGGUUCACCGAUACGUUGAUAGUCUUUACGAACAAGGAGUACUCCCACGGCCAGCACCUUCACCUAGUCCGGAACAGUCAGUUAGUUCAUCUAAAACCCUUUAUUCUUUCAGUGAGAGUGAGUCAGAAGAAGAGCCAGAGAUAUGA